UUCUUCACGCCAAUAAAUAUCGCUUCCUCUUCCACAAUUUUCUCUCUACUCUUCCAUUGAUUCUCCUUCAUUUUCUCCUCCGAUUCUUCAUCUUUCUCUCCUCCUCGAUCUUCGUCAGCCAUGGCACAAGAACCUGUUAGAGUCCUUGUCACUGGAGCUGCAGGACAAAUCGGAUAUGCUCUUGUGCCUAUGAUUGCCAGAGGAGUAUUACUAGGACCCAACCAACCUGUCAUCUUGCACAUGCUUGAUAUCCCACCUGCUGCAGAGUCUUUGAAUGGUGUAAAGAUGGAGUUGGUGGAUGCUGCUUUCCCACUCCUUAAAGGUGUUGUUGCUACAACUGAUGUGGUUGAGGCUUGCACCGGUGUCAGUAUUGCUAUUAUGGUUGGUGGAUUCCCAAGGAAAGAGGGUAUGGAAAGAAAAGACGUGAUGUCCAAAAAUGUCUCAAUUUACAAGGCUCAGGCUUCUGCUCUUGAAAAGCACGCUGCUGCCAACUGUAAGGUCUUGGUUGUUGCUAACCCAGCAAACACUAAUGCAUUGAUCUUGAAGGAGUUUGCUCCUUCCAUCCCGGAGAAAAAUAUUUCUUGCUUGACGAGAUUGGAUCACAACAGGGCAUUGGGCCAAAUUUCAGAGAGGUUGAAUGUUCAAGUAUCUGAUGUUAAGAAUGUUAUCAUCUGGGGUAACCAUUCAUCAACUCAAUACCCUGACGUCAACCAUGCUACUGUUAAGUUACCAUCUGGGGAGGAGAAAUCUGUCCGUGAGCUUGUUGCUGAUGAUGAAUGGUUGAAUGGAGAGUUUAUUAGUACUGUUCAACAACGUGGUGCUGCAAUCAUCAAAGCCCGGAAGCUCUCAAGUGCACUGUCAGCUGCUAGUGCAGCUUGCGAUCACAUUCGUGAUUGGGUGCUUGGAACUCCAGAGGGCACCUGGGUUUCCAUGGGAGUUUAUUCUGAUGGAUCAUACAAUGUACCAGCUGGACUGAUCUACUCAUUCCCCGUCACCUGCCGUAACGGUGAAUGGUCAAUUGUGCAAGGACUUUCGGUUGAUGAAUUCUCUAGGAAGAAACUGGACUUGACUGCCGAGGAGUUGACGGAGGAAAAGGCGUUGGCUUACUCGUGCCUGUCCUAAAUUAUUGUCCCCUUCUUCACGUUGGUAGUAAGGUGGCUCUUAAUUUACGUACUUUUUUUUUUUGAGUGGCUACAGUUUUGAUUGAAUAAUGCCAUUGUUAAGAAGAGCUAUAGGAAGCAGUGAAUCAGGACAAUAUCAUCUGCUUCUGUUUAUGUAUUUCCAUUUUAUCGAGGAUUUUUCGUUUCCUUACCGCUUCAGCCGGCAAUGAAACCAUCAUCAACUGCCUGUGUCUAUGAUGAAUUUUACAUCAGUUUUGUUGAUUGGAUUCACAUAUUUUUAUUAACAUUCACCCACCAGAAUAAUUUUCUUCUCCAA